AUGGGUAUUGCCGAAGCAAUCGUUACCCUACUGGAAGUCCUUCCUUGGCAUUUGCCACGUGACACACAGUUGCACGGACGCAUCGACCCAACCGCCGUCCAUCGGACGAUCUCUAGCAUGCGUGACGCCAGAAAUCCUCCGUUAAAGAAGGAUGUGCUGUAUUUCUUCUUACUAAAUGUGUCGUCCGGUUUUAUGCUUUCGGCAGCACACAAUGUACUGUAUUUUGUGCUGGAUAUCAAGACUCCCGUAAUCCACUUCCUCCAUCACUUCUUCACGUUUUCGUUUAUGAUGCUGCUGUACGCGCUUGGAUGCAUACCGAAAGGAUCACUGUCGAUAGAGGAGUUCAAAAUUCCCGUAUUUGCCAAGUUCUGCGAGACGCUCUUGUCAUCACUAGUGCACUCACAACAUAGACAUGGUGAGCUGUACUUAGUCAGAAUCUUUGAUUUCGUCUUUACUUUUACAAUCCUUGUUCUCGGAAAGAAGUUGGUUCCUUCAAGGGCGCACGGGAACCCACGACCUAACCUUAUGAUCCCUUUGGCCCUAGCAGCUUCUCUUUCGUGGCUAGAAUUCGGCCAACUCGAGUUUUCCACUACGUCUUUCAUGUGUGCUCCCCCACUGGCGAUUGCUAGAGCAUUUUCACUUCUGACUAUGCAACAGGCAUAUGUUCGACUCAGUGAGGGUACCACAGCAGCACACCUGGAGCAGUUCUGUCUAUACUACACAGGUUUUACUAGUGUAGCAUUGUUCCUGCCAGCGUUGAUUUCUUAUUCGACGUCGCAUGUGGAAGUGGAUGCAAGCUGGGAGUCCAUAGAUUAUACUUUGAUGGGCCUAUCGUUCCUCUUUAUGUCGUGUAAUCUAUAUUCGGAUCUCUGGCUUGGACUGCAACUGAAUGCACGCGCCUACGCAACAUUGGAUCACACCAAAUAUCUAGGAGCAUCGAUCGGCCAAUGGAUCGUUCAAAAUAUGGCACAUCCCAAUGUGAUCGCAUUCGGAGGGAAAGUGCUCACUAUAGCAUGCCUGUUCAGGAUUUCUGCACGAUCCUAA